AUGAACCGAUGGACGAUCCUGCUGCUUGCCGCCGGACUGCGCGAGUGCUGCCCCGAGGACAGCAACGGCGGCAUCAAGCGGCUGGUCGUGCGCGAAACGGUCGGCAACCACUUGUCGGAGGUGAUCGUGAACGCGCUCACCCGGUACUACGUGCAGAACCACUCCUCCACGCAGGUGAUGCGGCUGUCCACCGUGAGCGACGGCACGUACGAUCUGCAGUCCGACAUUAUGGACGAGGUGAUGCAGCGGACGUCGCGCAGCAUCGCGUACGAGUUCCGGUCGGCGUUGGGCCCGUCGCGGCGGCCUCGCAUCUUCAACAUCGCCUUCGUCGACGGGUACGGUGCGUUCGAGCAGCUGUUCCGGUCGCUCGAUCCGGCCGAGAACGACUUCGCCGGCUACUAUCUGAUCGUGCUGACGGCGUACGGGCGCCGCAUCGCGCCCGAUACGCUCGCGCGCAUCUUCGCCCUGCUGUGGACGAUGAACGUGAUCAACGUGAACAUCGUGUCGGCCGACCUGGAGGACCAGAGCCGGUGGCAGAGCGUCCUGAUGCACACCUACUACCCGUACCGGGCGGGCGGCAACUGCGAGCGGAUCGUGCCCCAUCUGCUGCACCGGUUCCGCAAGGGCCAGCGGUUGGACCGGUCGGUCGAGCUGUUCCCGAGCAAGCUGUCCAAUCUGCACGGGUGCCCGGUGACGGUCGGGACGUUCCAUUUGCCGCCGUACAUGCUGCUGACACCGGCCGGCCGGUACGGGGGGCUCGAGGGGGAUCUGCUGCGUGCGCUUAGCCGGAAGCUGAACUUUACCGUGCGGCUGGUGGUGCCGGAUGACGGUGAGCUGUGGGGACGUACGCCAUCACCGUCGGUGGUUGUCGCUGACGCGAACCGUACCAGAGGUGGUGCGUCCUCGGCUUCCGGCUGCGUGCGGCUGGUGCUGACCGAGCGGGUCAAUCUCACGCUCGGUCGGUUCGCCAUUCGGGGCGAUCGGAAUCUCGUGAUGAAGAGCAGCCGCAGCUACUACACGGUGCGGAUGGUGUUGGCGGUGCCGGCUGGGCGGGAGUACACCCCGUUCGAGAAGCUGUUCCGCCCGUUCAGCCGCUCCGUCUGGGUGCUGGUGACGCUCUAUCUGCUGGCCGGGAUGGUCGUGAUCGGCACCGUUCAGCUGCUGCACCGGCCGGCCGUGCGCGACUUUGUGUACGGGCGCGGUGUGUCCACGCCGGUGCUCAAUCUGCUCAGCGUACUGUUUGGCGGUGCGGUGGUCCAGCUGCCGAUGCGCAACUUCGCCCGCACGCUGCUCUUCCUGUGGAUGUACUACUGUCUGGUGGUGCGCACCUGUUACCAGGGCUCGCUGUACGAGUAUUUGCAGGAGCGCAAAAACUUCAGCCCGCUGCAGACGGUCGAUGCGCUGGUGCGGAACGACUAUCGCUUUUACUCGCUGCACGGCACCUCGCUCUAUCUGGAACAGAUGCCUCAGAUACUGUCGCGCAUCACCUGGCUACCGGACGAUGACGCGUCGGUCGAUCGGUUACUGACCGAGCUAGCUACUCGGCAGGCUCUCACCAGCGCACUCUUUAUCGACCUGGAGCGCGUAGCCUACCACAACCGGUUUUACGUGCGCGGCGGGCUCGUGUACAUCGCAAACGUAGUGCUGGUGCGACUGCCCAUCGGUAUCUACUACCCGAAGAAAUCCUGCCUCGCCAAUCGGUUCGACCACGAGCUGGACCGCCUGCGGACGUCCGGCUACGUCAGCUACCGGCUCGGGCACUACCUGAACUACGACGCUUUCAAGGGACCGGCCGACUACCAGCCCCUUCCGACGCCCCUUACCACCGAUCAGCUGGUCGGGUGCUACGAGACACUGUUUGGUUUGCUGCUGGUCGCCACCGGGCUGCUGCUGCUCGAGCUCGCCUCCCGCUGGUUCGUGUCGCUGCGACAGCUGCUUACCUUUCUGCAGGCAGAGUAG